AUGGCUCACUUCAUCGUAUGCAAGAAGAUGAAUGAUGUUGCAAGCAUAGCCAAACUGUUUUUCAGGGAGGUUGUUCAUUUGCAUGGAGUGCCCAAAUCCAUCACCUCUGAUCAUGACACCAAGUUCCCCAGUCACUUCUGGGUUACUUUGUGGAAUCUGUUUGGAACCGCCCUUAAUCGCAGUAGUACUCCACAUCCCCAAACUAGUGACAAGAUAAAAAUUACCAACAAAAAUUUGGGUAACAUGGUCCGUAGCAUCUGUGGAGACAAAUCCAAACAGUGGGAUAACGCACUGCCUCAAGUAGAGUUUGCUUAUAACAUCAUUAUUCACAGUGCCACAGGAAAAUCACUUUUCGCUUUGGUUUACAUUUUAGUUCCUAACCAUGUGAUUGAUUUAGUGAAGUUGAAGUUGCCUAAGGCCCAUGUCUUAAGUAUUCAGGCCAUGAAGAAUGAGGUUAAAAAGAGGUUGGAGAAAACCAAUGCUAAAUACAAAGUCGUUGCUGACAAACAAAGGCGAGUCAAGGUGUUCGAUGAAGGCAACUAUAUCAUGGUUUAUCUAAAGAAUGAGAGGUUUCCAAUGGGUACUUAUCGCAAGUGUCAGCCCUGCAAAUAUGGUCCCUACAAGAUUCUAAAGAAGAUCAACAACAAUGCUUAUAUUGUGGACUUGCGCUCUUCCAUGGAGAUUUCAAGCACUUUCAAUGCUACUGACCUAUAUGCAUUCCAUGAAGAUGAUCUGCUCUAUAUUGAAGAUAACUCAGGGUCCAGUUCUUCUGAAGUGGAAGGGACUGAUGUAGAAUACAUGGCCGAGUUGAUCAUGGAACAACUGGACAAGUGCGCAUGUCGUCGCGACACCAAAGCCUAA